AUGGACAAUCUCCAGACUCUCCAAUUGACUGUCGAGGCCGACAAGGGCGUCGCCCUCGUCCGAUUCAACCGUCCGGCCAAGAGGAACGCCUUCUCUCAAGUCAUGAUCGGCGAGAUCAUUGCGACUCUGGCGCACCUCGACGCCUUGGAAACCGUCCGCGCCGUUGUCGUCACCGGUGGUCCCGAUGGACCGUUUUGCGCCGGAAUGGAUCUGAACGAGCUGGUGCAGAUCUCCACGGCGGAGGCCCACCAUCGCGCCUUUCUCAAGGACCUAACAGACGCCUUUGCCAGGUUCUCCAAGCCUAUCAUCGCGGCUGUUGUCGGAUUUGCUUUGGGUGGUGGGUGCGAGAUUGCUCUGGCGUGCGAUAUGAUCUAUGCCGCUGAGAACGCCUCUUUCGGUCUCCCUGAGAUCAAGAUCGGAACUAUUCCGGGUGCUGGCGGAACUCAACGUCUAGCUCGCGCCUUGGGCAAGCACAAGGCUAUGGAGUUCGUCCUUACGGGCGACUCAGCAAGCGGAGCCGAGUUUGAGCGCCUCGGCGUUGUGAACAAGGUGUUCCCUCCUGCAGAGGUCGUCCCGGCCGCCCUCAAGCUCGCUGAGCGCAUUGCGGCCAUGUCGGGGCCCGUCGUCAAGACCGCUAAGCAGGCCGUCCUUACUGUUGAAAAUAGCCACUUGGACGCCGGAAUGACCAUGGAGAAAUCUCUUUACUACUCGACCUUCAGCCUUGGCGAUUUCAAUGAAGGAAUGACGGCCUUCCUGCAAAAGAGACGUCCUGAAUUCAAGCACACGUAA